CGGGCCUCAGCUCAGAAUGUUUAUCCCUGUCGGGGGAGGGGAGCGCGAAGCGAGUCUCAGCCGGGUGAGGGAGAGGGAGAGACCCCAGCAGCAGGUCAGAAAUAAACCCGUUCCCUGCUCCUCAAGGCCGCCGGUGUCGACAGGAGCGAAUUCAGCUGAAAUCUCUGGGUGACUCGUCAGAUCUUCUGACCUUCGAGGCAGCCCUCUGAAUCCGUCGGCAGUUGUGGUGAUUCCGAGCACGGCGCCUGGGUUUGGACCCGAGGACGGGCUCGCGGACAGUGAGGCUGAUCAGGAGGGAGAGGGCAGGGGAAUCGAAGUCGCUGUCUGCCCGCGGGUGUGUGUGUGUGUGUGUGGCAGAGGGCCGGAGUCCAGCGCCUGAGGAGAGGGGUCGAGAGCGGAGGUUCUCAUGGGAUAGGCUUGGGAGGGGAGGUGGGGGGUCUUCUGCAGCCAUGCUGGUGACGCAGAUCCAGCUGGAGUUGUGGAUCCAGGAGCAGCGGCUGCGCCGGUUCGCCUGCCGCCACAGCCAGUUCCCGGCGGGAUUCCGGGCCGAGACGGGUGCCGGCGUGACCUGCCAGGUGCUCGUGCCUUUCCUGCUGGCGGGCCUCGGGAUGGUGGCUGCCGGCAUUGUGGUCGACGUGGUACAACACUGGCCGGUGUUUAAGGCCGUCUCUGAGAUCUUCAUCCUGACCCCCGCCCUGGUGGGUCUGAAGGGUAACCUGGAGAUGACGCUGGCCUCCCGCCUGUCGACCGCAGCCAACACCGGAAAGCUGGACAGCUCCAGUGACAGGUGGACCAUGGUGACGUGUAACCUGGCUCUGAUUCAGGUCCAGGCCACGGUGGUGGGAUUCCUGGCCGCCGUGGCUGCGGUGAUCCUGGGAUCGUUCUCCAGGGACCACGUCGUCGACUUGGACCGAGCCGCAUUGCUGUGCGCCAGCAGCACUUCGACAGCGUUUAUUGCUGCUCUCUCCCUCGGUUUGGUGAUGGUCGCUGUGAUCCUUGGCUCCAGGAAGGUUGGGAUAAAUCCCGAUAACGUGGCCACUCCAAUCGCCGCCAGUCUCGGUGACCUCAUCACUCUCUCCCUGCUGGCCUUCAUCAGCAGCUCCCUAUACCAGCACCUGGGCACGGUGUACGUCGCACCCUCUGUGUGCGCCCUCCUUGUGGCCGUGAUCCCGGUCUGGGUGACGAUCGCCAGGCGGAGUCCACAGAUCCGAGAGGUCCUGAAGUCCGGGUGGCAGCCCGUCCUCAUCGCCAUGGUGAUCAGCAGUUUCGGGGGUCUGAUCCUGGACAAGAUGAUCAUGAAUCCAAAGUUUGAAGGAAUGGCUGUGUUCACCCCGGUUAUUAACGGUGUCGGCGGAAAUCUCGUGGCGAUCCAGGCCAGCCGUAUCUCUACCUACCUGCACCAACGCAGCGUGCCAGGUGUGCUGCCCCGUGGCAUGCAGGACCUGUGUCCCAGUCUCUGCACCACCUUCGCCCGCUCUGGAAUAAACUCGACAUCGGCCCGAGUUCUGCUGCUCCUGGUUGUACCGGGACAUCUGCUCUUCAUCCUGGUCAUCCGGUUCCUCCGAGCUGGACACAUCUCCGUCAGCCUCUCCUUCACCGUCUUCUACCUGGCCGCCGCCCUGCUACAGGUGUUCCUGCUGCUCUAUGCGGCUGAUCUGCUGGUACGGCUGACCUGGAGCCUGAGGCUGGAUCCCGACAAUUUCUCCAUCCCGUAUCUGACUGCCCUCGGCGACCUGCUGGGCACCGGCCUCCUGGCCAUCUGCUUCCACGCCGAGCUGUUCAUUGGUGACUGAGUUUGUGGAAGGACAGGGUCACGCCCCUCACUGCCCCGUAUCAGUUGUUCAGCAUUCUGCUGGGGCGCGAUGAUCCUCAACAUUUAUCCAAAGCCCGACCUCACCGAAACAGGCCAUUGCAACCCCCCCCCACUCCGAGUGCCCCACACCCACGUUCCUCUCCUGUGAGCCCGUCUCAGCUCUGUGCCUUGAGCCUUGCCGGGGAAAACCAGUCUACCGUCCUGCACCCCCCCCCCCCCCGGGAAAGCUAGCGGAAUUCAGGGAGGGAUUAAUUCGUGCUGGCCUCAUUUUUUGGCUUCCAUUGCUGCGUCUCCCACCAGAGAAGGCAGAGGCACUGCGUCUGAUCCUGGGAGGCAGGCGGAGAAGGGUUUUCUGAACAGCACUGAACUCUCAUUCAGACAAUCCCAGACUUCCAGUUCUGGCACCAUCAGAGUAAAUACUUCCUGCACCUUCCCGCGUGCCUUCGGACACUGGUUACUCUGCCGGACUGUCUUCAGCUGAACCACAGUAUAACAUCGGGGUACAGUUCCUUCACAAGUGCAAGUGUCACGUGUUGGUGAUGUUAACCUGCACCAGACUGUUCACCCCCACACCCAUGUGUGUCUGUGUGUG